UCGAAGACGUUGACGUUAAUUGAGCAAAGGAAUGUUCAUGCUUUGUUGACUUUUCUCCUUGCACUCAUAUCUCAUCGUAGUUGAAUUGUUAUGUCUUUCCUAAUAUUGAACUUUGUUCUGUUAUUCUCGCUUGUCGACCUCCACACGCUGUCGCGAGAGGAACCUAAAUGCAAUACUAAUGCGUACCCUCCAGAACUAAAGGAUAAAGUCAGUGAUGCUUACAUAAACCUUGAUUUGAAACCUGAAGAUCGAUGGAAGGAAAUUUCAAUGAACAUGAAAGUGGAGUUACUGGAAUUGCUGCAAGAAAUCAAGAACUUUACAAACUUCAUUUUGAAUGGAAAAUUGUUUGAUUACAUCGACAAGUAUUUGCCUUUUAUAGCGGACACGCUACCCGAUCCAUACGGCAACGAAAUUAAAGGUAUCGCCAAGGUAACUGGCAUACCGCUUGGUGAGGUUGUUCUCUACAACAUAUUUUACGAGGUCUUUACUGUGUGUACAUCCAUUGUAGCACAAACACCUGGAGGAAAAAUUUUCCAUGCGCGUAAUUUGGACUUUGGGCUUUUCCUUGGUUGGGACGUCACCAACAACACUUGGUCGUUGCCAGAAGUACUUCGUCCUCUCGUCCGCAAUUUUUAUUUUCAACGUAGUGGAAAAACCGCUUAUGUUGCUACUGGUUUUACUGGAUUUGUUGGCGCUGUAAAUGGGGUAAAACAGGGUGUUUUUUCAUUGACAAUGAACGAACGUUUUAAGAUCAAUGGUGGAUUUGUUGGUAUACUGGAAUGGAUUCUUGGUAACAGAGAGGCGAAAUGGACGACGUUUCUAGCCAGAGAUGUUCUUGAAAGUUCGUCAAGUUUCGAGAUGGCCUACAAUGCUCUCUCCAACAAGAAAAUUUUGGCACCGUGCUACUAUAUUCUUGGCGGUAACAGCACUGGACAAGGAGUUGUAAUUACUCGAGAUCGCACUCGGUCGAUUCAUCCAAUGAGAAUGAAGCAGACCGAGGCAGGUUGGUACGUUUUGCAGACGAAUUACGAUCAUUGGGAAGCUCCGCUGAUCAUCGAUGACCGACGUACUCCUGGCAAGAAGUGUAUGAAUGAUAUGACACAAAAGAAUGUUGGCUUUAAAGGAUUGUAUAACGUCAUGUCGACUGUACCAGUUCUAAAUGAGCUUACAUCAUAUACAGUAUUGAUGCAAGUCAACACUGGAAAAGUGGAAUCAUAUCGUCGUUACUGCAGCGAUCCUUGUUUUCCUUGGUAAUAUUAACUUUGUUAAAGUCGAAUCAUUUAGUUAAAUCAAACUGCUGAACGGAAGAUAUAUAUCCUCCUGUAUGACGUAUAUGAAAUCAAAAAUGUUACUGUAAGGAAUAUGAUUAUUUAAAUUAAUUUGGUAUCAAAGUUUUAAUUAUGAUAGUUUCAAAAAUAGAUCCUUUAAUUGACA